CUCUCUUUCAGGCUGUUGAUUCACUUCACAGCUCUAGUCACUCACAGCUACAGCUUCUUCACUCUUCAAAAAAAGUUACUUCUCUUGAUCUUUUUCCAUCAUUUGGUGACCACAGUGAUAUAUUUUAACUGGUGGUGGUGAUUUUGCUCUGUUUCUGAGCGUUAAUUAAAGGGAAGAGAUGGGAAGGACACCAUGUUGUGAUAAGAAGGGAUUGAAGAAAGGACCAUGGACACCUGAAGAGGAUGAGAUUCUUGUCCGUUACAUCAAUAAGAAUGGGCAUGGAAGCUGGCGCUCUCUCCCUAAGCUCGCAGGUCUUCUUCGCUGUGGUAAGAGUUGCCGGCUUAGAUGGACCAACUACCUUAGGCCAGAUAUAAAACGGGGUCCCUUUACUCUUGAAGAAGAGAAACUUGUCAUUCAGCUUCAUGGUAUUCUUGGAAACAGGUGGGCUGCCAUUGCCUCUCAACUACCAGGCAGAACAGAUAAUGAGGUAAAGAACUUGUGGAACACCCACCUGAAGAAACGCCUUCUUUGCAUGGGACUUGACCCGCAAACUCAUGAGCCCUUUCCCUCUUGUGGACCAGCCAUAAAAACUCCUGCAUCCCCUGCUACUCGCCAUAUGGCACAGUGGGAGAGUGCUAGACUUGAAGCUGAGGCUCGGCUUUCAAGGGAGUCCUCACUCUUCAAUCCACCAACUCCAGGAAAAACUGAUAGUGAUUAUUUUCUGCGGAUGUGGAACUCUGAAGUUGGAGAAUCAUUUAGAAAGUUCAAUCGGGGAGACAAAACUACUUGCCAAAGUCCUGCUUCAGCUUCUCAGGCAUCUUCAUCGACCAAAUGUGGUUCAUUUUCAGCUGUCACUGCUGAUAUUAGCCCCAACUUAGCAGGUUACUCUACCACGGCAAGCAAUCAAAAUGAAGAUACGGAGUGCAAAAGCUUCAAAUCUUACGCUGAAGAUGUGAAUGCUGGGUCUGAUUCGUCAAGCUCUGUUGCGUUAGAAGAUUCUUCAGACUCAACACUGCAACUUCUGUUGGAUUUCCCCAUUAACAAUGACAUGAGUUUCUUGGAAGAAAAUGUCGAUAGCAUUGCCUCUUAUUCGGCAAUGCAGUAAUAAGAUCUUGAUUUGUAGUUUGAAGCCUGGUUUGCUUGAAUUUUGAGCUAGUGAUCUUUUGAGUACUAAAAGCUAUGAAGCUGAUGUAAAAGCAAACAAGAGCUUAUAAAGCUAAGUGGUCAGUUAUUAUUAGUAAGAUUCUUCGGCUGAGUACAGUUACAGGGUGUAAUGAUGUUAACAUUUCCUAGUUUUAUUUAUUGGAGCCCUGCUAAUUCUAUAUAUA